GACAAUUGCAAUUUUAAAACCUUGGUAGUGAUGUCUAUUCCGUGAAUUGUAACAGGAAUAAACAUAACUGAUCUUGGAUGUAACGUUCAGUUGUCAAAAUCUUUUUUACACCUACUUUUUAAAUUUCAUAUGGAUUUUUUAAUAUAUAACAUGAUAUUUAUUGGUAUUAAAAUUUUUAUUUCAAAAUGUAGUUUCAUUUUCUUAACAUACAUUCCUGUGUUACGCGCCAACGAAGUGUUAAGCAAAUAUUUUGCUGUAAUGAUGCGAAAUGUUCGCAAAAUAAAAUAAUAAAUACUGUAUGUUACGUGUAAAAAUUUGAUCGUUAUCUUUUUAUGCGAUUCAUUUUAACUUCAAAAAUUAUUCCAUGUAUAUUUACAGUAGUUAAAAUUUAAAUGACGAAAUCACUGUGUAAAUGGCUAUCAUAAGGCUUUUGAUAAUAUUACUGACAAAAUGCUUACUCAUCUUAUUGACUUUAUUUGAUUCCAUUGAAUAUUCAUGUGUAGGGUGCUUAAACCGAUUAAUUGCAUGAAAAAUUUAAUUUCUAUUCCUAUCAUGUUAUAACUUAAAUGGAAACUGUAUAUAUAUAUGUUAUCCUAGUCAGGUGAAACCGAUAUAUAUGUGUAAGUAUUAGGACAAGGCAUAAUACGUGAAUACAGAUUUUAAACUUUUGCAUUCAACAUUACCUAUAAAUUUAACGUAAACACUUUUGUAGUUUUAAAACUUGGUAGGAUGCAUAUGUAUAUAUGCGUUGCAUUUUUCAGUCUUUGUCUAUGUUUCAUUUUAUAUAAUUAUCUUUUCCAUUAUAUUUUAGCGAAUAUUUGUUGAAAUAGAACUGCCUUUUCAUCUAGAUCCAUUAUUGAAUAGAAUAUAAAAAUACAUAUUACUUGUCAACACAAAGACAAAAGCAGUGUCACAAUCAUUUGCAAUAUCAAUAAACAAAUUAUAACUUGCAACAAGAAUUCAGAAAGACCCAUAUAAGAAAAGAUCUACGCGUCUUCACUUAGAUAAUUAUCAUAAGCAGUUUUUAUUGACCAUAGCAGCGUGCAAUAACUACGGCAAUCAGCAUGAUGGAGUGGCUGCCAUUUCUAUUAUUAUUAUCACAUUUUUGUAGCAAAGGUGUUGCAUUGAAUGAAUGUAAGAGGUGUGUAUGUUGUAAAGGUGGAGCUAAUCGUUGUGUUAACUCGUUAAGCGAUUACUGCCUAGAUGGCUGUAUUGAUGGGUAUUUUAGCAGCCGUUGCGUACACGCUUGUUAUAACUUCUGUCAAUCGUGUACAUCGUAUAGCAACUGCACCGCCUGCCAAUCUGGAAAGUAUGGAACAUCCUGUCAACAGGAUUGUGGGCUUGGUUGUCAAAACUAUCAAUGUGACAUAAAUAGUGGGAGUUGCACAUGUUUAUCAAAUUUUCAAGGUAAUAAAUGUGAUCAAUGUGUAAACGGUAAAUACGGUAAUAGAUGUGACACAAACUGUCCCGCAGGUUGCAGAACUAAUUCAUGUGACAUACAUGGGACCUGUGAUAGUUGCAAGACAGGGUUUACUGGAACAAUGUGCACUCAGUGUGUGUAUGGUAAAUAUGGAACUAAUUGUAACAUUCCAUGCCCAUCAGGUUGCAAUGGCACUUGUAAAGAUAAUGGAGAUUGUCACAAUUGCAAGGCUGGAUUAACUAGAAGUAAAUGUGAUGAAUGUGUUGACGGUAAGUAUGGAAUCAACUGUGAACAUGAUUGUCCAAAAACAUGUGCGCUCGCAACUUGUGAUAGAACAACAGGGGUGUGUAAAGAUGGCUGUAGAAUUAACUAUUACGGUGAACAGUGUAACAUGACGUGUGCGACGACAUGCUUACCAGAUGACGAAGGUAGAAGGUGUUUUCAUACGAAUGGAAGUUGCGUAAAAGAUUGUCAAAACGGAUACCAUGGUGAUAUGUGUCAAGACCGUUGCAGUGAAAACUGCAUUAAUAUUAUCUGUACAAGAUCAAAUGGUGCAUGUAAACUCGGCUGUGUUGGAGUUUUUGAAGGAAAUGAUUGCACGAAACCUAUCUCAAGGAUCAUAUCCGAUUGUGAUAACACGGCAGAUUCGAAUUUUGGUCAGUUCAUUGGAGUUGGAGCUGGAUCUGUGACAGUUACUCUUGUUGCUGUUGGGAUAUUCAUUAUCAUAAGACGAUACCUAAGACAUGGACAUAUAAGACAGCACAAACCAGAGCAGGCACAUGAGUUAUCAGCUGCCCCACACGAUAACGUUAAAACAACUCCUGCCUCGGCGAAUAUAACAACAAAUACAGAUGAUCACUAUGAAAAUACACCAGUUCCUGUUUACGAAGAAUUAAAAGAGAGUAACAAAGAGUCAAGUACAUACAGCCGUAUUGAUGGUGCCAGCACCAAUUGUGUUGCAUUCAAUGAAUGUCAGAGAUGUGUAUGUUGUAAAGGUGGAUCUACUACUUGUCGGUAUUACAACUCGUUAAGUGAUUACUGUCUAGAUGGCUGUAUUGAUGGGUAUUUUGGCGAACGUUGCGUACACGCUUGUUAUAACUUUUGCCAAUCGUGUACAUCGUAUACCAACUGCACCGCCUGCCAAUCUGGAAAAUAUGGAUCAAUGUGUCAACAUGAUUGUGGACUUGGUUGUCAAAACCAUCAAUGUGACAUUAAUAGUGGUAGUUGCACAUGUUUAUCAAAUUUUCAAGGUAAUACAUGUGAUCAAUGUGUAAACGGUAAAUACGGUGAUAGAUGUGACACAAACUGUUCCGCAGGUUGCAUGAAUAAUUCAUGUGACAUAAAUGGUAACUGUUAUAGUUGCAAGACCGGGUUUACUGGAUACAGGUGCACUCAGUGUGUGUAUGGUAAAUAUGGAGCUGAUUGUAACAUUACAUGUCCAUCUGGUUGCCGCAAUGGCACUUGCGAAGUAAAUGGAGAUUGUUAUAGCUGCAAGAACGGGUUCACCGGAUACAGGUGCACUCAGUGUGUGUAUGGUAAAUAUGGAACUGAAUGUAACAAAACAUGUCCAUCUGGUUGCAGCAAUGGCAUUUGCAAAAUAAAUGGAGAUUGUUAUAGUUGCAAGACGGGGUUUACUGGGAACAGGUGUACUCAGUGUGUGUAUGGUAAAUAUGGAACUGAUUGUAACAUUACCUGUCCAUCUGGUUGCAGCAAUGGCACUUGCAAAGUAAAUGGAGAUUGUUAUGGUUGUAGGCCCGGGUUUACUGGAAAUAGAUGUUCUCAGUGUGUGUAUGGUAAAUAUGGAACUAAUUGUAACAUUACAUGUCCAUUUGGUUGCAGCAAUGGCACUUGCGAAGUAUAUGGAGAUUGUUAUGGUUGUAGGCCCGGGUUAACUGGAAAUAGAUGUUCUCAGUGUGUGUAUGGUAAAUAUGGAGCUUAUUGUAACAUUACAUGUCCAUCUGAUUGCAGCAAUGGCACUUGCAAAGUAAAUGGAGAUUGUUAUGGUUGUAGGCCCGGGUUUACUGGAAAUAGAUGUUCUCAGUGUGUGUAUGGUAAAUAUGGAACUAAUUGUAACAUAACAUGUCCAUCUGGUUGCAGCAAUGGCACUUGCAAAGAAAAUGGAGAUUGUUACAGUUGUAGGUUCGGGUUUACUGGAAAAAGAUGUUCUCAGUGUGUGUAUGGUAAAUAUGGAGCUGAUUGUAACAUUACAUGUCCAUCUGAUUGCAGCAAUGGCACUUGCAAAGUAAAUGGAGAUUGCUAUGGUUGUAGGCCCGGGUUUACUGGAAAUAGAUGUUCUCAGUGUUUGUAUGGUAAAUAUGGAACUAAUUGUAACAUUACAUGUCCAUCUGGUUGCAGCAAUGGCACUUGCAAAGAAAAUGGAGAUUGUUACAGUUGCAGGUUCCGGUUUACUGGAAAUAGAUGUUCUCAGUGUGUGUAUAGUAAAUAUGGAACUAAUUGUAACAUUACAUGUCCAUCUGGUUGCAGCAAUGGCACUUGCAAAGUAAAUGGAGAUUGUUACAGUUGUAGGCCCGGGUUUACUGGAAAUAGAUGUUCUCAGUGUGUGUAUGGUAAAUAUGGAGCUUAUUGUAACAUUACCUGUCCAUCUGAUUGCAGCAAUGGCACUUGCAAAGUAAAUGGAGAUUGUUAUGGUUGUAGGCCCGGGUUUACUGGAAAUAGAUGUUCUCAGUGUGUGUAUGGUAAAUAUGGAACUAAUUGUAACAUUACAUGUCCAUCUGGUUGCAGCAAUGGCACUUGCAAAGAAAAUGGAGAUUGUUACAGUUGUAGGUUCGGGUUUACUGGAAAAAGAUGUUCUCAGUGUGUGUAUGGUAAAUAUGGAGCUGAUUGUAACACUACUUGUCCAUCUGAUUGCAGCAAUGGCACUUGCAAAGUAAAUGGAGAUUGUUACAGUUGUAGGCCCGGGUUUACUGGAAAUAGAUGUUCUCAGUGUGUAUAUGGUAAAUAUGGAACUGAAUGUAACAAAACAUGUCCAUCUGGUUGCAGCAAUGGAACUUGCAAAAUAAAUGGAGAUUGUUUUAGUUGCAAGACGGGGUUUACUGGGAACAGGUGUACUAAUUGUGUGUAUGGUAAAUAUGGAACUGAUUGUAAAAAAACAUGUCCAUCUGGUUGCAGCAAUGGCACUUGCAAAGUAAAGGGAGAGUGUUAUAGCUGCAAUAACGGGUUCACUGGAUACAGGUGCACUCAGUGUGUGUAUGGUAAAUAUGGAACUGAAUGUAACAAAACAUGUCCAUCUGGUUGCAGCAAUGGAACUUGCAAAAUAAAUGGAGAUUGUUAUAGUUGCAAGACGGGGUUUACUGGGAACAGGUGUACUAAUUGUGUGUAUGGUAAAUAUGGAACUGAUUGUAACAUUACAUGUUCAUCUGGUUGUGGCAAUGGCACUUGCAAAGAAAAUGGAGAUUGUUAUAGCUGCAAGAACGGGUUUACAGGAUACAGGUGCACUCAGUGUGUGUAUGGUAAAUAUGGAACUGAAUGUAACAAAACAUGUCCAUCUGGUUGUAGCAAUGGCACUUGCAAAAUAAAUGGAGAUUGUUAUAUUUGCAAAACGGGGUUUACUGGGAACAGGUGCACUCAGUGUGUGUAUGGUAAAUAUGGAACUAAUUGUAAUAUUACAUGUCCAUCUGGUUGCAGCAAUGGCACUUGCAAAGUAAAUGGAGAUUGUUAUGGUUGUAGGCCCGGGUUUACUGGAAAUAGAUGUACUCAGUGUGUGUAUGGUAAAUAUGGAACUAAUUGUAACAUUACAUGUCCAUCUGGUUGCAGCAAUGGCACUUGCAAAGAAAAUGGAGAUUGUUACAGUUGUAGGCCCGGGUUUACUGGAAAUAGAUGUUCUCAGUGUGUGUAUGGUAAAUAUGGAACUUAUUGUAACAUUACAUGUCCAUCUGGUUGCAGCAAUGGCACUUGCGAAGUAAAUGGAGAUUGUUAUAGCUGCAAGAACGGGUUCACUGGAUACAGGUGCACUCAGUGUGUGUAUGGUAAAUAUGGAACUGAAUGUAACAAAACAUGUCCAUCUGGUUGCAGGAAUGGCAUUUGCAAAAUAAAUGGGGAUUGUUAUAGUUGCAAGACGGGGUUUACUGGGAACAGGUGUACUCAGUGUGUGUAUGGUAAAUAUGGAACUGAUUGUAACAUUACAUGUCCAUCUGGUUGCAGCAAUGGCACUUGCAAAGUAAAUGGAGAGUGUUAUAGCUGCAAGAACGGGUUCACUGGAUACAGGUGCACUCAGUGUGUGUAUGGUAAAUAUGGAGCUGAUUGUAACAUUACAUGUCCAUCUGAUUGCAGCAAUGGCACUUGCAAAGUAAAUGGAGAUUGUUACAGUUGUAGGCCCGGGUUUACUGGAAAUAGAUGUACUCAGUGUGUGUAUGGUAAAUAUGGAACUAAUUGUAACAUUACAUGUCCAUCUGGUUGCCGCAAUGGCACUUGCGAAGUAAAUGGAGAUUGUUAUAGCUGCAAGAACGGGUUCACUGGAUACAGGUGCACUCAGUGUGUGUAUGGUAAAUAUGGAACUGAUUGUAGCAUCACAUGUCCAUCUGAUUGCAACAAUGGCACUUGCAAAGUAAAUGGAGAUUGUUAUGGUUGUAGGCCCGGGAUUACUGGAAAUAGAUGUACUCAGUGUGUGUAUGGUAAAUAUGGAACUAAUUGUAACAUUACAUGUCCAUCUGGUUGCAGCAAUGGCACUUGCAAAGUAAAUGGAGAUUGUAAUAGUUGUAGGCAAUGGUUUACUGGAAACUGGUGUGCUCAGUGUGUGUAUGGUAAAUAUGGAACUAAUUGUAACAUUACAUGUCCAUCUGGUUGCAGCAAUGGCACAUGCAAAGAUAAUGGAGAUUGUUAUAGUUGUAGGUUCGGGUUUACUGGAAACAGAUGUACUCAGUGUGUAUAUGGUAAAUAUGGAACUGAUUGUAACAUUACAUGCCCAUCUGGGUGCAGCAAUGGCACUUGCAAAGAUAAUGGACAUUGUUAUAGUUGUAGGCCCGGGUUUACUGGACUCAGAUGUACUCAGUGUGUGUAUGGUAAAUAUGGAACUGAUUGUAUCAUUCCAUGCCCAUCAGGUUGCAAUGGCACUUGUAAAGAUAAUGGAGAUUGUCAUAAUUGCAAAACCGGAUUCACUAGAAGUAAAUGUGAUGAAUGUGUCAGCGGUAAGUAUGGAAUCAAAUGUGAAUAUGGUUGUCCAAAAACCUGUGCGCUGGCAACUUGUAAUAGCACAACAGGGGUGUGUAAUUAUGGCUGUAGAAUCAACUAUUACGGUGAGCAGUGUAACAUGACAUGUGCGACGACAUGCUUACCAGAUGACGAUGGUAGAAGGUGUUUUCAUACGAAUGGAAGUUGCGUAAAAGACUGUCAAAACGGAUACCAUGGUGAUAUGUGUCAAGACCAUUGCAGUGAAAACUGCAUUAAUAUUAUCUGUAUAAGAGCAAAUGGUGCAUGUAAACUUGGUUGCGUUGGAGAAUUUGAAGGAAAUGAUUGCACGAAACCUAUCUCAAGGAUCAAAUCAGAUUCUGAUAGCAUGGCAGAUUCUUCGAAUUUUGGUGCAUUCAUUGGAGUUGGAGUUGGAUCUGUAGCAGCUACUCUUGUCGCUGUUGGGAUAUUCAUCAUCAUAAGACGAUACCUAAGACAUGGACAUAUAAGACAGCACAAACCAGAACAUGCACAUGAGUUAACAUAUGACCUACAUGAUAACUUAAGAACAACUCCCGCCUUGCCAAAGUUACCGACAAAUACAGAUGCUGGCUAUGAAAAUACAUCAUUUCCAGUAUAUGAAGAGUUGAAAGAGAGUAACAGAGAAUCAAGUACGUAUGACAGUAUUGAUUGUACCAGCACCAGUUAGACAGAUCACAUUUUUGUUGCUCAUAAUAGUUGUACGUGUUGUGUACAUAAGCAGAAAUACCUGCAUAAUACCAGAAAUUAGUCUCUCAAAUAUCAUAUUUUUACUCCCUGAUCA